UCCUCGAGCAAUCAUUCUUCUGAACUCGAGAUCAGAGAGCCCAAUUUCCUGUCCAACGAUGAAGUGUCUUCCGAUUAGCUUUCUCAUCUUGGCUUUGGCAACUGUUACUGCUUUUGCUUAUGACCCCAGUCCUCUUCAGGACAUAUGCGUCGCCACCAAUGACCUGAACUCUGGAGUGUUUGUGAAUGGAAAGUUUUGCAAGGACCCGAAACAGGCCACAGCUGAUGAUUUCCUCUUUAUGGGGUUUAGAAAUCCUGGAAACACGACGAAUCCACUUGGAUCAAAGGUCACACCGGCUUUUGUCGACCAAUUUCCGGGACUCAACACUCUUGGAAUAUCCAUGGCUCGCCUUGACUUCGCUCCCGGUGGCCUAAAUCCUCCCCACACUCACCCACGUGGCACUGAGGUUUUGGUCGUGGUGGAGGGUACGCUACUUGUUGGCUUCGUCACUUCCAACCAAUUAAACAACACUCUCUUCACCAAAGUCUUGUACAAGGGGGACGUAUUUGUGUUCCCAAUUGGUCUCAUUCACUUCCAGUUGAAUUGUGGAAACACCUAUGCACUAGCCUUUGCUGGUCUUAGCAGUCAGAAUCCAGGAGUCAUCACCAUUGCUAAUGCUGUCUUUGGAGCGAAGUCACCCAUUUCUGCCGAUGUUCUCACCAAGGCCUUUCAAGUCGACAAGAAGGUGGUUGACUACCUCGAAGCACAGUUUUGGUACGACAACAACUAAAAGGAAUGGAUGGCCGAAAAUAAAAAGAAAGGUUGAACCGAAUAAAAGGCUGCCUUGGAACAAUAAUUACUUGAGCACACAGUAUAUCAAGGCAUACUUAUGUAUGUCAUGUAUGACCUAUUUGUAAUAAAAGAUGAUUCUUUAAUCAUCUCUCUCAUGCGCACCUUGCCUGAAGUGUGUGCUAACAUCUAAAUUAUGUAGAAAUUGGAAAGUUAUCAUCUAAAGUUAUGUGAUUGCCA